UAAGAAAAAGUUGACAUCUUUUCGUUGCAACACGACAUUUAACUUUCCUCUCUUUGGUAAACUUUUGUGGUUGUUUGGCUGUAACAAAACGUUGGAACACAAGAAUAGUAAUUUGAGGUUAUGGGUAAGUGUUUUUCAGUUUGUGUGGGGGACUCAUCUACAGAUACAACUCAGCGAAAGCCUUCACAGCAAACCACAACCACAUCAGUAACAACUAGGACGUUCAAUAAUUCGUAUACCCAACACGCACCAAGUAUUAUGAACGAAUCGUUCAAGAGUAAACCAGCAGAGAAGAGUGUGCCAGCGAAAACUAGUUCAAAUGAUAUACCAAGAACAUUCCCCUUGCCAAAGCAAGAAGUUGACGAGUCAAAGAUCGCUUCGCUGUUUGGUAAAUACAAGGACGAUACCGAAGACGCUAUCCUUGCGGAUGGCAUGGAGAAGUUUUGUCAAGACUUAGGUGUUGAUCCGACAGAGUUCAUCGUGCUUGUUCUGGCCUGGAAAUUUAAUGCCUCGCAAAUGUGUCGCUUUACGAGAAAUGAAUUUUUCGAAGGAUGCAAAGCUCUCAGAGUAGACUCCAUAAGAAGCCUACAAAAUAAAUUUCCCGAACUAGAAGCAGAGGUAACAAAUGACGUCGAGAAGUUCAAGGAUUUGUAUCGAUUCACUUUCAAGUUUGGACUUGAUGUAGAUGAGGGCCAGAGAGCCCUUCCAAAGAACAUCGCUCUUCCACUUUGGAAACUUGUCUUUUCAAGGAACGUGCCAGCUGUUCUAGAUCGAUGGUUUGCCUAUUUAGAAAACAGACAACUGCGGGGAAUUUCACGAGAUACUUGGUAUAUGUUUUUAAAUUUCACAGAGGCAAUUGAGCCGGAUUUCGAGAAUUACGAUGACUCGGAGGCAUGGCCAAGUCUUUUUGACGAUUUUGUAGAAUCGGAAAGAGAAUUGAUCAAACAACUACCAAAAGAUGACGCUGCAGCUAUACACGAGGAGAAACAGGAGAACGGAAUUAUCAAAGAAGAAAGCACGUACUCCUUUUAGACUUUGACUUCGUUCUGAAAUUUCAUAAUAUUUUGGUAGCUUAGCCUAGAAUUGAACUUAAACAUGUUUGAUCUUAUCGCUAUCGAAGACUUCGCCAUCACACUUGUAGAAAGCACAAAAAAUAAUUUUAUUCGUGCGGCCUGCCUCCCGCAAUUAAGCUACGAUCCAAUCCACAGGCAGUGUAUUAAGGUCCUACUUCAUUACAUGAAAAGGGUGAAACAACUUCCCCGAUCAUACACCGCGGAAUCGAUGAUAAUAAGAAAAAUCGCUUUGUUUAGGAAGCGCUGCCAAUAGAUUAAAUCUUGCUAAUUUCAUUUUCAUCGGGAAGGGGUUUUAAAUUUUAGAUCAGACAUCAUGUGCGACGGAUCAACGGGUUUUCGAACUUAGGUAUUCCAUUGGUCCUGAUUACAAAACAAUUGUCAAAGUUGUGAAAGGAGAGGUUAACCAAUUCUUAAAUUAUUAUUUUUUAAAUUUAUUAGCUUAAUGUGAAGUUUUAUACCCUACGUCGUUUAACAUUCCACCGACAGAUCAUUGAAAUUUCGCUUAAAACAAUCUUGUUGGAGGGAAAUACAGUUGCGAAGUAACGUCAAUAAAACAGCUGUAUGUCGUUCUGCAAUAAGUCUAUUUUGAAAUUAGUAUGUAUGCAUUUAAAAUGCCGAUUUUUGUUACUAUGCAAUCGUAUUCAAUUCUUUGUGCUAGUGACAAAUUGAUAAACUACAAUAUACCUACCACACAAAACAAAUAUCAAGUCUUUGUCAUUAAUCAGAGGACUAGACAAUCAGAGAUCGUCUAAAAAAGAUAUCGUGUUGCUGGUGUGCUAAAUUCUCUUCAUUUAUGUCAACAAGCCCAUAGCAACCACCGACAUUUAACUAUUUUAAGCUCAUAGGUAUCAUUAAAGGAAUGAAGGAUGGUGAAUGAACCUGUCUGUAAAAUUUUAAAAGCAUUUCCACAAAGAGGUAAAAUUAACUUUAUUUUGUCUGGGACUGUAAUGUAAUUCUUGUACUGUGAAGUACUACACAUUAAAACAUUAUGUUUUCAAGCUAAAUUUUCAAGGAUAUUUUCAUAAUUGCAAAAUAGAUUGAACCUAGAACUGCUUUUGUCUUCAUAUUGUUUCAAAAUUACUAAAUUCUUAUUCUAUUGAGUUGAAAGUAGUGGCAAUGAGUGAAGACUUCUUCAUCAAAGAAGAGCUUCACAUUUCACACAUUUCUUUGCUGCCAACUCCAGAAAAUUUUUAGUGAUGUAUCACAUUUUUCAUAUAUUUUCUUCUUUUUUAUCACAUGCUUAGUUUAAAGUGUUUGGAAAUUGUUAGGAGACUGUGAAAACUGAUCACUGAUAAGGUCAAAAGAUUAAGAACUUAUGCUUAAGGUUAGGAACACCUGAACAUCAGUAUGCUUAUCCUCCAUACUUUUCCCUAUACAUUCCUUGAGAUGCCGACAGGGAGAGUUUGUUUAAGAACCUCUUUGCUUAAGAGCCUCUGUAGUUGGUGAUCAUUUCCUGUAUUCUCAUGACCUUAAUGUUUGAUUCCAGGGUCAUAUAGUAAGGAGUAGUUUAAUGCUACCCACUCUUGGGGGUCAAAUGGUGAAUUGUAGGUUUAACAGAGGCCCUUAAUCACUGUCUCUUCUCUAUGGGAAUGAAUAAUUAAAAUUCCAUGGCAUCUGGGGCUUGCAAAAGUGUAUAAUUAAUAUAUUUGAUUUAAAAAGACAAGAAGCAGUGGAUUAAGUCCUUUACUGCACUUAAAAAAAAUUGUUUGAAGAUUAUACUGAAGGAUUAACAUCCAAAGAUUAUUACAAAUGGGAUUUUUGUUUAGUUGGGUUG